AUGGCUGACAAACUCCGCACUCUUCAAAAUCUUGAGGCCUUGCAGGCUCGUUAUAUCGGAACUGGCCACGCCGACACUACAAAAUACGAGUGGACGUCGAACAUUGUCCGCGAUAGUUACGCGUCGUUCAUCGGCCAUCCUCCAAUGCUUCAAUACAUGGCCAUCGGGAUGGGAGAGCCCAAAGAGAAAGUAAGAGCUAUGAUGAUUGAAAAAAUGGUUAGAGGGGCAGGGAACCCACCAGAUGUACAAGAAUGA